AUGAAUGGGAUCGGAGGAAGUCAUCAUUUAGGAGUGAACAAUCUGAACGAAUUUGGACUUUCUUCUCCUUUAGGAUUUGGAAAUGGACAGAAUCGAUCUAGAUCGGGUAGUAGUACUUCUUUUACGGUUAGAAGACAAAGAUUAUCAGAGACGCCUACUCGAUCUGUUUCUUCAGAAUCUCGUCAACGGAACGGAGAAGAAGAAGAGGGUGGUGGAGUAGAUGAUCAAGUGAACCAGAAAGAGAGUGGAAGUGGAGAAGAUGAAGACUUUUUACAAAUCGAAUUCGAUCCGAAAGAUUUAGAAGUCUUAAAUAGUUUAGGUGAAGGAGCUGGCGGAGAAGUUAAAAAGGUGUUACAUAGACCUUCUGGACUUUAUAUGGCUAAAAAGGCGAUUCCUACUUCUCCGAAUCCAUUAGUUCAUAAACAAAUCUUGAGAGAAUUAGCAUUUAAUAGAGAAGUUGCAAAUGGCGAAACACCUUGGAUUGUUAAAUAUUAUGGAGCAUUUUUAGAAGAAAAUGAUACUCAAAUUGCAAUCUUAUUAGAAUUUUGUGAAGGAGGAUCAUUAGAUUCGAUUUACAAACAAAUCAAAUCACGUCAAGGUAGAAUAGGAGAAAAGAUUUUAGGAAAAGUAGCUGAAUCAGUUCUAUCUGGCUUAAAUUAUUUACAUAUGAAAAAGAUUAUUCAUCGAGAUAUUAAACCUUCGAAUAUAUUGGUCACUAAGAAUGGAGAGAUUAAGAUAUGUGAUUUAGGUGUAUCGGGUGAAUUGAUUGGGUCACUUGCUGGAACUUUUAUGGGCACUUCGGCUUACAUGGCUCCUGAAAGGAUUAGAGGAAAACCUCAUUCGAUUACUUCAGAUGUUUGGUCAUUAGGUUUAAGUUUAUUAGAAUUAGCUUUAAAUCGAUUUCCACUUUCGUCAAAUGAUGAUCAAACUCCUAUGCAUCCGUUUGAUUUAGUUCAAACUGUCUUGACCUUUCAAAUGCCUUCUUUGGAUGAAGAAAUCGAAUUGGGAAUCCAAUGGACUAAAUCUUUUCAACAUUUUUGUAAGACUUGUUUGGAUCAAGAUCCGAAUGCUAGACCGAUACCUAAAUUACUUUUAAACCAACAUCCUUGGAUCAUUAAAUCAAGAACUUGGACACCUGAUUUGGUUGAAUGGUUAUGUCAAGUUUGGGAUUGGCCUUCUUCUGCUUCUGCUUCUACUACUACUACUACUUCUUAG